GCAACAGCGCCCAUAACUGCAGCUCCUCAUGGGCCUCUGGUCAGCCAGCGUCGUCUUCCUCCCGGUGACGAGUAACAAGCGACAGAGCGGAAGCCAGAGUGGCCACCAGAAAACGGCAACUUCCGCUGCGCGGCAUCGUGGGAAGUGGCGUUGGCCCCGAGUCCAGCAGCGCUGCCGCCUCUGCGCCUGCGCGCGGCUCGCGCCGGAAGUCCAGACGUCUUGUUGGAUUUAUCUCCUGAUCCUCACACUAAAUAGAAAGCUCCAGGAAGGAAGGAUGGGUGAGGCUCUGCAUACAGUAGCAGCUCAGUGAACCUUUACCAAAGAGGAGAAAGGAUUCCAUGAACAGACCAAGACCCUAAAUAAUGGUGUUUGGUUUUACAGAGGAGAUACAACACACCAAAAACUCUUUGCCUUGGAUUGGGGACUUAGGUAGGAGAGACUACCAGCAGAAAACGAAACCUAUAGGUAGCUGGAAAUGGUUGAGAUGGAACAGGCUGAGGCCCAGCUCUCUGAGUUAGACCUGCUGGCCAGCAUGUUCCCUGGUGAGAAUGAGCUCAUAGUGAAUGACCAGCUGGCUGUUGCAGAACUGAAAGAUUGCAUUGAAAAGAGGUCAAUGGAGGGGCGAUCUUCGAAAGUGUACUUUACAAUCAACAUGAACCUAGAUGUAUCUGCAGGAGCAAUGGUGGUGUUUUCUCUGGCCUGUAUUCUUCCCUUUAAAUACCCUGCAGUCCUGCCUGAAAUCACUGUCAGGUCACUAUCGUUAAGUAGAUCCCAGCAGACUCAGCUGAACACAGAUCUGACCGCACACCUGCAGAAGAAUUGCCUCGGAGAUGUCUGUGUGUUGCACGCCGCUGACUGGGUGAGAGAACACGCCCCUGGCUAUGUCAGCAGAGACACCGCCCCUCUUCCCACUCCAGCAGGUGCAGUCCCGCCCACCCUUCUCGUUCUCACGAGACUCUGGAUCUAUAGCCAUCACAUCUACAACAAAGGCAAAAGGAAGCAUAUUCUGGAGUGGGCGAAGGAGCUUUCCCUGUCUGGGUUCAGCAUGCCAGGGAAACCAGGUGUUGUCGGUGUGGAAGGCCUACAAAGUGCUUGUGAAGAAUUCUGGUCCAGGCUCAGAAAAUUAAACUGGAAGAGAAUUUUGAUUCGCCACCGAGAAGACAUUCCUUUGGAUGGCACAAAUGAUGAAAUGGAAAGACAAAGAAAAUUUUCAGGUUUUGAAGAAAAAGUGUUCAGUGUUAAUGGAGCCAGAGGAAACCACAUGGACUUUGGUCAGCUGUAUCAGUUUUUAAAUGCCAAAGGGUGUGGGGAGGUUUUCCAGAUGUUCUUCGGUGUGGAAGGACAAUAACUGAGUAGAGGAGCAGUUGGAAGUAUUUUGUCACUGUUGGCCACUUGUUUUUUUUUUUACCCACUCUUUCUUGAAACAUUAAUUUUACUUCCAUCCCAUUCUAGAAUGUUAGGAGUAAAAAAGAAAAAGUAGUACAGCGGAAGUGCAUCUGUUAAAAAUAUGUCUUGGUCGAAAACAGAACUGAGUUUUAAGUUAUAAUCUUAAAAUUAUUGACAGGAAUUUCUUGCUAUAUAUACCAUUUUGAAAGAGAAAUUAAUUUUACUUGAGUUAGAUUGUGUUGGUGACCCACCCAUUCUCCACCCCCUGCCCUUCCCCUUCCCCCGUGAGUUCUCCCGGCCUCUCGGGCAGCUCGGGUGACUUUGGCUGGGGGACGCCUGGGAAGACUUUUGCUUCCUGAGUGACACGAUGGACACAGCGAGGGCACCUCUGCUCCCUCUUCCCGCAGCAACGCUGCGGCGGCUGCUGGAGCUGCAGUAGUCCCUUCAGCCAUGAGGGCAGGAAGGGCCCAGAGAGCCGCUGAGAUGCCACUGCAUGUUGUCAAGCUGCGCCAGCCCCUGCCUAUCUCUAGACAGCUUGUUGUGAAAUAAAAACAAUUUUACGUAUA